AUGAACCUUUACACCUUCAUACCAUCAAUUUUAUUUAUAGAUUAUUUUAAAUUUGUAAAGUGUGUAAAUCAGCAGAGCUCAUUUUUCCCCUUUGGCAUGAACAUUCGCAACAAUGUUAUGAGUGGCAUUCAGGACACUGCCGACUUCGCCGUCAACAUUCACCCUCCUCACGAGGAUCUCGAGGAAACUCUCAAAUCGCUCGAUGGCAUCAUGAUGCUUGAGAACGCUCAACGUCGUGCCGAUAACGAGGAGUUCUAUGAGGCUGAGCAGCGUCUCUUGAAAAUCCACAAGAACAAAAUCAGGGAAAUCGUUUCAAGUGCCUUCGAACCCAUUCACUCCAUGUUUCCUUCCAGGAUGGAGGCUUUCAUUCGGAACGAGACAAUCAUUUAA